AUGAAAAUCAGCCAGAAGAUCGAAAAGGCCAACAAGGAGGACCGCAUCUGGUGGUCCUUCGAAUAUUUCCCACCCAGGACGGCGCAGGGCCUGCAAAACCUUCUCGAUCGCAUCGAGCGCAUGCGCGCAAUGGGCCCCGAGUUCGUCGACAUCACAUGGAACGCCGGAGGACGGACGUCAGAGCUCACCUCGGAGCUCGUCAAAACGUGUCAGAAGCUCAUCGGGAUCGAGACAUGCAUGCAUCUGACGUGCACGGCCAUGCCAAAAGAGAAGGUGGACAUCGCGCUCCGGGAAGCAAAGCUACACGGCUGCCGCAACGUCCUCGCGCUCCGUGGUGAUGCCCCGGUGGGCAAGGAGUGGGAACCCGUUGAAGGUGGCUUCGCGUACGGAAUCGACCUCGUGCGAUACAUUCGCAAGCACCAUGACGACUAUUUCGAUAUCGCAGUCGCAGGCUACCCGCAAACUCACCAGCUCCCGCCCGAAGAGGCCGCGCAAGAGAUGCAGUGGUUGAAGGAGAAAGUCGAUGCUGGCGCGAACUUCAUCUUCACACAGAUGUUCUACGACGUCGACAUGUUUGUGAGCUGGGUUCGUGCCGCACGGGCCGCCGGAAUCACUGUGCCCAUCGUGCCCGGAAUUAUGCCUAUCCAAACAUGGAAUGGUUUCCAGAAGGCGACCGCCAUGGCCAACAUCACUGUCCCACAGUUUUUACUGGACGAGCUGGAGCCCCAUAAAAACAACGACGAGAAGGUCCGGGACCUGGGCACCAAGCUCGUCGCAGACCUCUGCAGGCAGAUCCUCGCCGCGGACAUCGGCAUCAAAGGCCUCCACUUCUACACCAUGAACCUCGAGAAGGGCUGCAGGAUGUUGCUCGAAGAGCUCAACCUCGUUCCUCGCAUCGAUGUCGUGAAGCCCCUCCCCUGGAGACAGUCGCUCACGCCCAACCGCCGCACGGAGACCACUCGACCUAUCUUCUGGGCCAACCGUACUCGGUCUUAUCUCUCGCGCACUGAGAACUGGGAUGAGUAUCCGAACGGUCGAUUCGGAGACUCCCGUUCACCCGCUUACGGAGAGAUCGAUGGUUACGGUAUCAUGCUCAAGCACUCGAAGGACGACGCCCUCUCCCUCUGGGGAUCGCCAGCCUCUGUCGAGGAGAUCCGGGCGCUGUUCUCCCAGUUCUGUAUGGGCAAGCUGAAAGCGCUCCCCUGGUCCGAUGUGGCACCAUCCAGCGAGACCACCGUCAUCGCAACCCAGCUUGCGAGGCUGAACGAGUUCGGUUUCCUCACCAUCAACUCGCAGCCUGCUGUCGACGGUGCCAAGAGCAGCGACAAGAUCCACGGUUGGGGUCCUGCAAACGGAUACGUGUACCAGAAGGCGUACCUGGAGUUCUUCGUCUCCCCGGAGCUGUUGGACAUGCUCAUCCCUCACAUCGAGCGUGAUAUCAACAUUACCUACUACGUCAUCAACAACCGUGGCGACCUCCGCACCAACACUCACUCGGAUGGUCCCAACGCUGUGACUUGGGGUGUCUUCCCAGGCAAGGAGAUCGUUCAGCCCACCAUCGUCGAGGCCAUCAGCUUCAUGGCCUGGAAGGACGAAGCCUUUGAACUCGGCCGUCAGUGGGCAAAGCUCUACGAGCCGGACUCCUCGUCGCGCAAGCUGAUCGACGCUAUCACGGACACUUAUUGUCUCGUGAACGUGGUCCACAACGACUACAAGAAGCCCGACGCGAUCUUUGAGCCGUUCUUCAAGGCCGGUGCCGAGUUCUCCGCCAAGUACCCAUCCACCAACGAUUUCGCGAACGGUCACACCAACUAG